AUGAGAUUAACUUUAAGAUUAUUGUCUUCAGUGAUAAAUAAAAGACCAUUCUAUAUUACAACACCAAUCUUCUACGUGAAUGCCGCACCACAUCUAGGUCACCUGUAUACAGCAGUUGUUGCAGAUGCAAUACAGAGAUUUGAGAAGUUAAUAGAUCCCAACUGCAAUGUAAAAUUCAGCACUGGCACCGAUGAACACGGCACAAAAAUACAACAAGCUGCGGCAAAAUCAAACAAGUCACUAAUAAACUACUGUGAUAAUAUAUCAAAAGAUUAUAAAGAUUUAUUCGAUGAAUAUGAAGUUGAGUACACAGACUUUGUUAGAACGACAGAGGAGAGACAUAAGAAAGCCGUUUCUCAUUUCUGGAGAAAGUUAGUGGAAAACGAUUAUAUAUAUAAAGCAAAAUAUGCUGGAUGGUAUAGUGUGAAUGAUGAAGCAUUUGUACCAGAAGCACAUACAAGAGAUGAAGUCACAGAAAAUGGAAAAAUCAAAAUAUCUAUAGAAUCCGGUCACAGAGUAGAUUGGACAGAGGAAACAAAUUACAUGUUCAGACUAAGUGCUUUUAAAACACAUCUACACAAGUGGCUCAGCACAGAUGGUGUGAUCGUUCCGAAUAAGUUCCAAAAACAGUUGCAAGAAUUGGUAUCAAAAGAUGCUUACCUUCCUGAUAUAUCAGUGAGCAGACCGUCUGAUAGAGUGCAUUGGGCUAUAAGGGUACCUGAUGAUGAAGAACAAAGUGUGUACGUGUGGUUGGAUGCUCUGGUCAACUAUUUAACAGUUUGUGGUUAUGGAGAGAAAGACUGCGUUGGAUGGCCAGCUGAUGUACAGGUUGUGGGGAAAGAUAUAUUGAAGUUCCACGGUAUCUACUGGCCGGCAUUUCUAAUGGCGUCCGGGCGUCACCCGCCACGCCGGCUCGUGUGUCACGCUCAUUGGACGGUGGAUGGUUCUAAGAUGUCCAAAUCAUUAGGGAACGUGGUCUCGCCUCGAGAUACAGUCGCUCCAAACGCACUGCGGUAUAUGAUGCUAAGGGAAGCUACUCUAGCUGAUGAUGCUAAUUUCAGCUCAACCAAGUUAUUGAACAUUGCUAACUCAGAGUUAGCGGACACGUUGGGUAACCUCGCCGCGCGCGUCACGGGCUCCGCUCUAAACCCUAGAGAGGAAUUCCCCGCAAAUAAGGGAAUACAACAUGAAUUGGCUACGCGUUUGAUGGACCAAAUUGAUAGAUUACCUGACGAAUGCCACACUCAUUACAGCAAUUAUCAGUUCUAUAAAGUGGUUGAUGCUGUAAUGAAAGUCUUGCAUAUAGGAAAUCUCUUCUUCGAGACUCUCAAACCAUGGGAAUUGAAGAAAAUGAAUCGCCAAGAAGAAUUGGAUGCUGUCAUACAUAUAACGAUGGAAACAUUGAGAAUUUGCUCGAUAAUUCUACAACCUAUAAUUCCAUCGCUAUCGAAUAAAUUGUUAGACAAACUACAAAUACCAAAAGAUGAAAGAUUAUGGCAAAACUGCCAAGGAUCGUGGAUAAAUGGGGUUACGGAGACAAAGAAAAUACAAAGCGGAAAAUUCGUGUUAUUUCCAAGAAUAUAUGUGGAUAAAAAAGAUGCUCAGAAGAAGAAAGCUAAAUCGUAA